GGUAAACCGAUCUGGUUAUAUAUUCGUUGUCAGUACAUUUUACAUUUUUACGCAUGAAUCUUUGUAACGUUGGCCAUUUCUUCUCGUCUCCACUGUAAAUAACACCAAAAUGUUCACAUAUGUAGUGUUACUUCUUGCAGCUCUCUUGGUAGCUAAUGGGCAACACCACUGGGUCCACCAGUGUCCAGUGUGCAGUGACCCCUACGACCACACCACGUGCACACACGUUCAGAACUGCCACAACACUCACGAGAUCUGUCUGUUUAAACUUGACCUUGGCCUGAACAACAGAGUGAACUAUUAUUGCACUAACUAUCACCAAUGUGAGACCUAUGCUUCCUUUCCCUGUGACUUCAGCGCCAAGGAAGAUUGUUACUUCUGCUGUCUAGAUGUCCCGUCAUGCAAUCAGCAACGAGAAGCCUUAUUCAUGGGAAUAAUACACGGUUGAUCCUAGAACAACAUUUCAACAUGAUUAGUGUACGACCAUUGUUUCCACUACAGAAGAGCUACUGUUGAAAGAUUAUAGAGAAUUAUAGUCACCUGACCAAAUAUUCUUUGUUUUAUUAACGGGUUUAAUAAAAGUCACGUGGGUUUUAUA